AACCGGUUAAAAAUGCCAAAUGUUUCACAGCAGUGAGAGACUACACGUGUGUGUGUGUGUGUGCGCGUGCGCGCAAGGCUUCAACUGAUCAUCCAACCUGGAAUGACACAGCAACACCAUGGAGAAACCAUGGAAAUGUCAGGACUGUGGGAAGGGAUUUCGAUCUCCUUCCGAGCUAGAAACCCACCGACGCAGUCACACUGGAGAGAGACUAUUUACUUGCUCCAAAUGUGGAAAGGGAUUUACUCAGUCCUCUCAUCUGCUGACCCACCAGCGCGUUCACACUAAUGAGAGACCUUUUAAAUGUCCGAACUGCGGGAAGUGCUACAAAAGUGCCCGGGAACUGAUGUCCCAUCAACUUGUUCACUCUGAUGAGAGGCCAUUCAGGUGUUCACACUGUGGGACUGGGUUCAGGCGAUCAUCUGAACUCACUGUGCAUCAGCGAAUUCACACGGGGGAGAGGCCAUUCACCUGCUCCAACUGUGGGAAAAGAUUCACUACCUCGUCCCACCUGCUAAUACACCAGCGAGGUCAUGCUACAGAAAGGCCAUUUACCUGCCCCGAGUGUGGGAAGGGGUUCACUAAUUCAUCAGACCUAAUAAUCCACCAGCGAGUUCACACUGGGGAACGACCAUUCACCUGCCCAGAGUGCGGGAAGGGAUUCACUCAGUCGGCAACCCUGCUUAGACACCAGCGCGUUCACACUGGAGAGAAGCCGUUCACCUGCUCCGAGUGUGGAAAGGGAUUCACCGAUUCGUCCCACCUUUUGAAACACCAGCGAGUCCACACUGGGGAGCGGCCAUUCACCUGCCCUGAUUGUGGAAAAGGAUUCUCUGAUUCAGCCACCCUGCUGAGGCAUCAGCGCAUUCACACUGGGGAGAGGCCGUUCCCCUGCCCCGAGUGUGGGAAGGGAUUCACUUCAUCCUCCCACCUGUUGAGACACCGGCGACUUCACAAUGGGGAAAGACCAUUUCCCUGCCCUGAGUGUGGAAAGGGUUUCACUAAUUCAUCUGAUCUGCGGAUACACCAACGUGUUCACACUGGCGAGAGGCCAUUCACUUGCUUGGAGUGUGGAAAGACAUUCACACUUUCGUCCAGCUUGCUAACACAUCAGCGUGUUCACUCCGCGGAGAGGCCAUUCACCUGUUCUCAGUGUGGGAAAGGAUUCACUCGGUCAUCUCACUUGUUGAGUCACCAACGAGUUCACAACAUGGAGAAACCGUGGAAAUGUGGGGACUGUGGGAAGGGGUUCAAUUACCCCUCUGAGCUGGAAACACAUCGACGCAGUCACACUGGAGAGCGGCCGUUCACCUGUUCUGUGUGUGGGAAGGGAUUCACUCAGUCAUCUAGCCUCUAUACACACCAGCGAGUUCACACUGGGGAAAGGCCAUUCACCUGCCUUGAAUGUGGGAAAGGAUUUAAUGCUUUAUCCAAUCUCCGAACUCACCAGCGGGCUCACUCUGAUAAGAGACCAUUCAAAUGUUCUGACUGCGAGAAGAGCUUUAAAAGUAGAAAGGAUAUAGUGACACAUCAACGCACUCACACUGGUGAGAGACCAUUUACCUGCUCCCUGUGUGGGAAGAAAUUUACUCAGUCAUCCCACCUCCUGACACACCAACUUGUUCACUCUGAUAAGAGACCUUUUGAAUGUUCUGACUGUGAGAAGAGCUUUAAAAGUAAAAAGGAUUUACUGAACCACCAACGGACUCUGACUGGGGAGAGGCCGUUCAUCUGCUCUACAUGUGGGAAGGGAUUCACUUGUUCAUCCCACCUUCUGACACAUCAAUUUGUUCACACUGAUCAGAGACCUUUUAAUUGUUCUGAUUGUGAAAAGAAAUUUAAAACCACAAAGGAUCUUUUGAAACACAAACACACUCACACGGGGGAGAGGCCAUUCACAUGCUCUGUCUGUGGAAAGGGAUUCACUCGUUUAUCACAUCUGCUGAGACACCAUCGAGUUCACACUGGGGAAAGACCGUUCACCUGCACUGAGUGUGGGCAGGAAUUUGUUGAUUCAUCUGACCUUCUGAUUCACCAGCGAGUUCACACCGGGGAGAGACCCUACAGCUGCUCGCUGUGUGACAAGAGAUUCACUCAGUCAUCUCACCUCACUACACACCAACUUGUUCACACUGAUAUGAGACCUUUUAAAUGUCCUUACUGUGAGAAAAGAUUUAAAAGUAAACAAAAUCUGCUGACACACCAGCGGGUUCACACUGGGGAGAGGCCAUUCAACUGUCCCUUGUGUGGGAAAGGAUUUGCUCAGUCAAACAACCUGUUGAGACACCAGCAAGUUCACAUGCGGCAGCAGGGGUUGUAUUCCACUGUUAAUCACAUCCAAGACUGAACCAGCUUUGGUUGCCUGUUUACUGUGGGCAUCCUGUUUGUUGCACCUAACAAUGAUUAGACCCAAAUAUAGCAGUCAAAAUUAAAAAGUUUGAGGCUACAACAAAAGUUGAUCAUCAAAUGAGGAAGAAUUGCAGAAACAGGGCAAUAGAUUAUUGCAGAGGAAAGUAGUGAAUUGGAAUCAAUCUGUGUUGAGGAAAUGAAUUUGGGGAGGACAAACAAGACAAUGGGAUGGACAAUAAAUGGCAGGAUACGAAGAAGUGUUGAGGAAUAAAGAGGCCUUGCAAUGGUUUCCACAGGUGCCUGAAAACAGGUGGAUGGGGAAACGGGUGUUCAAGAGGCAUUUGGGAUCCUUUCUUUGUCAAGGGCUAAAAUAUAAAAAAAGAAGGAAAAUGGUGCUAAACCUUAGAAGCCACUAUUUAGAGCACAACUCGAGUUAGAGCACUUGUUCUGGUUUCUGCAUUAAUCAGUUUCAUUAGUUAAUUGAAAUAAUCUUUUGAACGGUCUCCUUUUUGAGUGAGCCCACUGAGAGUCCCAAUAAGUCAUUAAUUAUAAAGUGAGACUAGACUUAAUUAAUUAUCAAAUUGACUUCAAUUUUUGCUAUUUAUCAGAUAAUUACGGUAGGGUUUACUCAAAUGUAGCAGAUAAAGAUAAAACUAGUAAGCAAGGGAUAGUUUAGGUAAAGAAGACUGAAUUUUUCAGUAACUUAUUAUUUGAGAUGUUUAGAUAAUGAGUUCAGAAAAUUAUUGCUUAAUUACUGAUAAACUAUAGUGACUUCAGCACAAUGGAAGAAGCUGAUCAGUGAGUAUCUGAUGAACCUUCAUAUAUGUUAAAAGGAUAUGAUUAAACUGGAGAGGGUUCAGAAAAGAUAAAUCAGGAUGUUGCCCAGAAUGGAGGGUUUGAGUUAUAAAAAUAGACUGGAUAGAUUGGGACUUAUUUCACUGGAGUGUAGAAGGUUGAAAUGUGAUCUUUAUAGAGGCUUAUAAAAUCAUGAGGGGCAGAGAUAAGGUGAAUAGCAAAAAUCUUUUCCCUAAGGUAGGGAAUUUCAAAACUAGGGGCCAUAUUUUUAAGAUGAGAGGAGAAAGAUUUUAAAAAGCACAUGAGAGGCAACUUUUUUUACACAGUGGUUAGUACGUACACUGAAUUGUUAGAGGAAAUGUGGAUGAAGGUACAGUUGCAUUUAAAAGACAUUUGGAAAGGUUGGAGGGAUAUUGAACAAAUGUAGACAGGUUGGACUAGUUUAGUUUGGGAACAUGGUUAAAGUGGACUAAUUGGUCCAAAGGGUCUGUUUCCAUGCUGUCUAUGUGUAUUUUGGUUAAUAUAGUUUAUAAUUGAAUGAAUAAGGACACAGCAGGAUAUCUCAGUCACAUGGAGUGAACAUCCAGUUAGACCAUAAGACACAGGGGCAGAAAUAGGCUAUUCAGCCCAUUGUGUCUGCUGCACUAUUUAAGAAGAUCAUGGUCGACCUGAUGAUCCUUAACUCCAUUUUCCUGCCUUUUCCCCAUUACCCUUGAUUCCCUUACUGAUUAGAAAUCUGUCUGUCUCAGCUUUUAAUAUACAUAACGACCCAGCUUCUACAGCCCUCUGCAGUAAAGAAUUCUGCAGAUUUGCUACCUUCAAGAGGAAAUUCUUCCUCAUCUCUCUCCUAACUGGGUGAACCUCUUAUUCUGAGAUUAUGCCCUCUUGUCCUAGGGUCUCCCGCUUCCACCAUUGUCAAGCCCUUUAAAAAGCUGUUUCAAUAAGGUUGUCUCUCAUUUUUCAGAACUCCAACAAGUAUAGACCCAAGCUACUCAAUUUCUCGUAAAACAGUCCCUCCAUACCUGGGAUCAAUUUAGGAACCUUUUCUGGAGUGCAUCCAGUGUCAAUAUCAAUAUCUAUUUCCUCAGAUUAGGGGCACAAAGCUGUUCAUCAUAUUCCUGCUGUGGUCAGAGAGUACCUUACAUAGCUUUAGUAAAACCUUCCUACUGUUACACUCCAUACCCCUUUGAAGUAACAGCCAACAUUCCAUUUGCCUUCCCUAUUGCUUGCUGAACUUGUAUGCUAGCUUUUUGUAAUUUCUACUUGAGGAGCCUCCUCUGUGCUGCACUUUCUGCAGUCAUUCCCAUUUAAAUAAUAUUCAGCUCCUCUGUGAUAUGAAUAACCAAACAUUAUAUCCCGUCUGCCAAGUUUUUGUGUGCUCAGGUAAUCUAUCUAUAUUUUCUUUCUGCUAUCCUCACCACUUGCCUUCUCACCUAUUUUUGUGACAUCAGCAAACUUGGCUAUAUUAUAUUCACUUUCCUUAUCGAAGUCACUUAUGUAAAUUUUAAAUAUUUGUGGCCUCAGCUCUGAUCCCUGUGAUACUCUACUAAUUGUAGAUGGUUAUUCUGAAACCCCUCCCCCUUAUCCCAAGUCUGUCUUACAUUAGCUAGCCAAUCCUGUCUCCAUGCUAAUUUACUAACCCCAAGACCAUGGGCUCUCAUCUUAUUAAGCAGUCUAAAGUGUGGUAUUUUAUUGAAUGACUUUUGGAAAUCCAAAUAUUUUACUUCUACCUGUUCCCCUCUCCUGCUUGUAACCUCCACAAGUAAUUGUGAUAAAUGUGUUAGACAUAAUUUCCCCUUCAUGAAGCUCUAUUUAAUUACAUCUUUCUAAUAGACUCCAACUUUUUCCCCCAAAUGACAAUUGGGUGGCAUGGUGGCUCAGUAAUUAUGCUGGAGCUGUGAGGCAGCAGUGCUAGGGUGACUAUCUGUGUAGACUUUGCAUGCUCUCCUGUGUCUGAUGGGUUUCCUCCCACAGUCCAGAGAUGUGCAGGUUAGGUGGAUUGGCCAUGCUAAAUUGCCCAUUGUGUCCAGGCAUGUGCACUCUAGGUGGAUUAGCCAUGGGAAAUGUAGGGUUACCGGGAUGAGGUAGAUCUGGAUGGGAUGCUCUUUUGAUGGUCAGUGUAGACUCGAUAGGCCCCAAUUGGCCUGCUUCCACAUUGUAAGGAUUCUAUGAUUCUACAGUUCCAUGUCUAGAUCUUGUGUUCAGGGUAAUCACAAGAUCAGGGAGGUUCUGCCAGAGCUAUUAUGAACAUUGGUUAUACCCCAGAUUGUGUUGCAUACAGUUCUGGCCUGCCCAUUACAAGAUAGAUGAGAUUUCUGAGGAGAGUGUACAAAGGAGAUUAAUGAGGACGUUUCCAGGAAUGGAUAAUUUUCACUAAGAUGAAAAAUUAGAUAGAUUCUGAUCGUUUUCUUUCAAAAAGAGGAGACUGAGAGAAAUUUUAAUUGAGGUACAUACAGUUAUGACAGAGCCUGACAGAGUGGAUAGGAAAGACCUGUUUAUGUUAACAGUCCAAUGACCAAGGGGCUGAGAUUUACAGUAACUGGCAGAAAGUAAGAAAUAGGAGUAGGCCAUCUGGUCCCUCAAACCUGCUUUGCCAUUCAAUAAGAUCAUGGCUGAUCUGUUCGUGGACUCAGCUCCAUCUACCUGCCUGCUCACCAUAACCCUUAAUUCCCUUACUGUUCAAAAAUCUAUGCCUUAAAAACAUUCAACGAGAUAGCCUCAACUGCUUCACUGGGCAGAGAGUUCCACAGAUACACUUCCCUUUGGGAGAAGAAGUUCCUCAACUGUACUUAGACUUUCUCAUCUCUUUUCGCAAAUAGCAAAGUCCCCGUGUAGGUUAAUCCUGAGGUGUGUAAGAAAUAUUUCCCAGCCGCUCUCUGCCAUCAUUCAUUGUUGCUUUACAACUCUACUUGGAAUCAGGGAAAACAACAAGGAAUGCUGGAAACAUGUUGUCAAAUUAGAAAUUGAUGUUAAACUGAUCUGUUCUUGAGUGAAAUACUGCAGAAUUAUAUUUCCAGUCUAAAUGUGAUGUUGGCCUAAAUCUGCUCUGUAUUAUUUUGAGGCUAUGUCCCCUAGUUCUAGUUUGACCUGCCAGUAGAAACAACUUCCCUGCAUCUAUUAUCUGUUCUCUGCAUCAAAGGUGGAAAACCUGGAAUGGGAGUAGAGAAAGCUUUUCAGUCAGGGUGGCAGGAUUUGGAACUCUAUGUCUGAUAGGGUUGUAGAGGCAGGAAAACCUUAUUGUAUUUAAAAAAAAAAGACUUGGAUCUGCACUUCAAAUGUCAGAUGAUUCAGGGCUACAGGUGAAGAUCUACAAAAAGAGAUUAGUGUGGAUCGCUCUAUUUUAGCCAGUCAGGAUACACCUUGGGCUGAGUAGCCUCUGUUUCUACUGUAACUUUCUGAUAAUUUUACUCUGAUAGUUGGACAUUUUUCCUGAUCAUGUUAAUAAUCUUGCUAAUUGAGCUGGUGUUCAAUAUUCUGAAUAAAUGCA